GCCGGCGCGUUCCUGGCUGCGCCCGAGCGCGGGGCUGGGCGAGAGCGGCGAGGCGAGUCCUGGAGCCGGGAGCAUGAUGGCUGACAAUACCAGUAAGCCAGCCAAGCAUGCAAACAAAACCCCUCCAAAGUCUCCUGCAGAUCCUGCUAAAGAGAAAGUGGCCAAAAGGUUAUCCUGCGAGUCGAACAGCUCCCUCGAGGGGGCCACCGCGCAUGAGCUCAGUGCUCUCGAAGAGGCUUUCAAGAAAUUUGCUAUCCACGGAGACACAAGAGCCACCGGAAAAGAGAUGCAUGGGAAAAACUGGUCCAAGCUGUGUAAGGACUGUAACGUGAUCGAUGGCAAGAAUGUGACUCUCACAGAUGUGGACAUUGUCUUCAGCAAGAUCAAGGGCAAAUCCAGGACAAUUACUUUUGACCUGUUUAAAGAAGCACUUCAGGAACUCUCCAAGAAACGGUUUAAAGAUAAGAGCAACGAGGAAGCACUGCAAGAAAUGCACAAGCUAAUUGAAGGGAAAGCACCGAUCAUAGCUGGAGUCACGAAAGCCAUUUCAUCUCCAACUGUCUCGCGACUGACGGAUACGACACGUUUCACUGGUUCUCACAAAGAGCGAUUCGAUCCAUCUGGGAAAGGGAAGGGCAAGGCAGGCCGUGAAGAUCUGGUCGACACUUCCGGCUAUGUGUCCGGGUACAAGCACGCUGGCACAUACAAUCAGAAGGUGCAAGGAAGCAAGUAAGCUUGGAGAUGGGGAGACAGCGGUUGUACCCAGGACGGUUACCUGGAUGAGCCCUACCUGUUUCAGUUGGAAAAACUGUGGCAAGGUGCAUUUGUGGGGACCUGAACUGAUAUUGACAUCUGUUGAGACUCUUGCAGUGACGCACCACUUCAUUACAUUCCUCGUGCUUAUGAUAAUGAAAAGGAAAUGGCAAAGCGUUGAUAUUGUUAGGUGAGAAACCAGAUCCAAGGCUUUCUUUCAUACCAUGCCUCGCUCAUGCUGGUAGCAGAUUGCAAACAUUCCUAUAUGACUAGUUCUCUGCGCUGCUCUUUGGGCUGUAGUAGCAAAUCCUUUAACUCCCCCUAUAAAUAGUGAAAGAGAAUGGAGGCUUUUAACGCAGGCUACAUGUGCUGGCAGUUUUUGCCAAGAAGCGCCCAACCACUCCGUUUGAUUAUUUAUUAUUCAGCAAUGUCUUAAUAGGGAAUAAACCACCACCCUCAGACAUAGAAAUUCAGCCUUCUGCAAAAGAGAAUGAAACAGCUAUUGCUUUUUUUGGUAAAGUGUUGCUAUUCUAGGAAAAAAACAAGUCUUUCCAUCCCAUUUGAGAACAAGAAUAGCAAAAAUUAGUUUUCUUUACAUUCUUCUUUAAUGAGGUCGGAAGUUACAUUUGUUCUCAGAAAGAGAUGGGAAAUCCCAUCCCUCGUUUCUUACCCGCAGAUUUCCUCCUGCACUGUUCCCGUAGUUUUUUUUUCUUACAAACCAUGUGCCAUGGAAGCUGCAGAGGGUCUGGAAUCGUUACGGGAACUGCGGGGACGUUGGGGAAGGCUUGUUAGAAGUGGGCCAGUGGCUUGCAAUAGCUAAGUCUGCACUGCCUCAAACUGGAAGUCAAAAAGGCGAUGCAGGAUAGAGUCUCAAAAUCACUUUGUUACGAUAAACCCCACAAAUUGGAUUCACGUUCAUUUAGGAUUUUUGCACCAAGUGACACAGAAAGCUGUCGACUACAAAUACCUGGAAGUUCAAUCCGCCCCCCAAAUUAUUUGUUGGCAAUAUUGAUCUCUGAAAUUCUCUGCUCCAUUUGAGUCACCCCUUUAAAAAACACAUUUUGAUUCAUGAUCUCUGUCUGCUAAUAUUUCUGCAAUUGAAAUGACAAGAAACCAAAUGGUUCUAUAAUUCACUGCACUGUUUAUCAGGUAUAAUCCCAGAGUUAACUUACACUAAUGCAAAUAGAAUAGAGAUUUAUUGAUUUCAAUGAUGUCACCAGAUGACGGUCAUGUGUGACGGACUCAUCGGCAGAGUUACUGCAGUCUAAAGCCGCUGCUUUCAUUGGCCUUAGAUUGGAGUAACUGCAUAAAAUUGCAUUGUGGUGCUAAAAUGUUGCCUCAGGGUGUGUGUGUGUUAUUUUUUAUUGCCAAAAAGAAGGCAGCAUACCAUAGAGUGGCAACGGUUGAGCUCAUUGAGUGAUCUUUACACCUUUGUUUCUUACGGAGUAGGUUAUGCACCAUUGUAUUGAUGAUAGAUCCGGAAGAAUAGUGGCUGGGGCUUUUGAUGUUGGUUAGCAAAGCUGAGUGCUCAGCACUGCUUCCAGCAGAACCAAGUUUGGCAUUCGCUUUAUUAGACCCCUUUAGGAGAGCAGCUUUCGACUUAUUUCACUGCCCCUUCCUACGACCAGGCCUCAGGUAGACUCAAGAACUGACUGCUUCAAGUUCAGCCAAAUAUUUCACAUCAUCUUAGCUCCGGCCUUUGUCCAGAGACUUAGCCCACGGGCUUCCUUCUCCUCUGCAGCUGGUUUUGCCCUUCUCUUCCAAGCGGCAGCCACAAGCCGUUCAGUCUGUGCUUCAAAAGGGAAUCCCCCCCAAAAGAAUCCUCCGCAGGCCUUUGUGGGCCUCUGAAUGUUGUGUUUGAAAUGUCAGGACCGAGAAGAGGGGAAUCUGUGCAGCUGUGGGCAUGUUUUUGCAGGGUAGCAACUUGGAUAGUUUCCUGAGUCAGUGUUUGAAUGAUGUUAGCGCUUGCCAGCGUUGCAGCAUUUAUUCUGGCAAGGCCUGCUUACCUGCUUUAUUGGAACAGCCCGGUUGGCAGCAAAGCAGGCAUUUUCCGGCUGUGCGCCAACCAAAUCAAGUGUAGGAGGUAACACGGUUCCGUGUUUUGAUGGGGUAACGGGCACCAUGGAGUUGAAUCCGUUCCCUCGGGCAUUGGGCAUGAGGCUGAAGUGCAGGUGGGUUUAUGGACACGGCUCAUGUUUUAGUGCUGCACAGAAUCUUCACAAUGAGAUCCCAGUGUGACCCUGACCCACAGCCAAUACUGUGAACACUAAAGACUCCUAUUGUUUGUAGCGGGGAGGGAGAUAAGCACAUCGGAGCAGGCUUUGCCCCCUGGGCUGCUGACUGUAUUGGUUUUCAGAAUCUGUUGAUGCCCAUUUUGCUCAAAAUUUUGUGCACUGGAGGGAGGAGUUAAAGUAACAAAGGUGGUGGUACCAUCACCAUGUUUUGCUCAUGUCAUAGGAUUGGUACCCCUGGAAGAGCUUGUGGAAAAUGUUGGGGGAGUGAUCUUUUCCCCAUUUUGCUCUUCCUCAAGCAGCCUGCGGUUUGCCCUCAAGUUCCCUUGUGGUUUGAGAGAGCCCCACAAGCAAAAGGCAUGCAGGACAGGUUGUGCUGAAGCAAGGAGGAGGAAUCAAAUAAAAUGGGUUCUUUCCCCCUCUUUAAUUCACCUCUUGCUCCAGCAGAAGAAGGGACGACGUGAUUCUACUUGAUUUCCCCCUUUGACGGUGUGGGUAUCUUUUGCUUACAAGGUUCUCCCAGUCCUCAGGGAGCAGUUUCAGCAGGGCUUGCUGGAUUUUGCCAAAUAUUUUUGUAUGUGAAUACUGACAGCAAUGAGGAAAAAAAUGUGCCCUUCUGGGAUCUCACGACCAGUCUUAUCGCUAGAAGUCUGCAACCUAACCGAGUGCCCCACUGGAGGUGGCAGCCACCCCAGAAAGAGAGGGCAGAAUUAUCUCCCUUCAGUCCAUUUAUCCAAGUCACACAGCCUGAGUGCCAACUUUGAUCUUGGAAUAUUUUAUGUUUCCUGACUGCUGUCCCUGUACACUUCUCUUCAACUGUCUGUUUGAGCACAAAACAUCAUUGUGAAAAGACAAUAAUGCUUACCUUUGUCUCCUCUGUUACAAUUUCAUACUACAGUUACCAUCAGGCUCCCCCUUUAAAAUUGCACUAAGAGGAAAAAUGUGAAGCAGUUUUCAAAUGUGAAUAUGGUAGAGAUCAAUAUCUGUAGAUUUUUUUAAAAGCUAUUUUACAACAGUAAUAUGUUUACAACUUUCUUGCCGAUUUAAUAAAAUCACUUUAAGCACACCAUGUUCUCUACUAUAUGUGAAACAUAAAUCACUCCAAAGUAUUCCACUUUUUUUUUUACGAUCAAGCAUUGCUUUAUUUACAGUGUUCAUAGUAGUGCACACACAUGGGGCACCAUGUACACAGGGUCUCUGUUCUUUUCUGUGACCUGGAAAAUGCUGCACUUGCCUGAAUGCAAGGCAUUCCCCAACCAAGACAACAAGAGGGACGGCGCCCGAGUGUCGAUCUGCACUAAGUUUUGGGUUGUGCUUCUGGGUUAUCUUUUAAUUCAUUGUCCCACCAUUUAUGGAGCCGUGCCCAGCUGUUCUGGUUCCCUAGAUGUACUCCUGUAGGCUUGAAAACAAAGUAUCUUUCCGGAAGGAUUUCCCACUGUGUACGGCUAUCCUGCACACCCUUUGGGCUGGUUCCAGACUGCAAGAAUGGGCACAGCAACUCGGCUAUGAGUUGUAAGGGAAACUGGGGAGGACAUUUUUAGGGGGGGAACCAUGGCAGGCCAGAUUUGGCUGAGUACCCUUGCUUGCCUAACCCUAACUUAAAACAAUUAUAUGAAUGGAGCUACCUUAUACGAGUCAGGCUGUUGGUCUUUUGAUGCCUGUAUUUUCUACUCUGACUGGCAGUGGAUGUCCAAAGUCUUCCCAGAAAGGUCUGGGAAAGAUUGGAACCCAGGAUCCUUUUUAUGUGGGGAGGCUGAAAACUUAAGCUGGGCCCUUCUGCAUGUGAGGCAGGGGCUCUGCCUCUGAACAAGCGUUUCCUGCAUGAAUCACAUUUUAAAGAAUAUUUUUCCUUUGUAGUCAACGUGAUUCAUCUGAAGCCCUCCACAGGAGAUGAUUUCAAAAAUGGCUUUGAAGUUCCAAGGCCCAAUUCGGAUUUCCUUUCUCAGGGCCAAGCUA